AUGGCGAUUCCUGCAUUUUCUGGGUACUUUUUUACUAAGACAUUGCACAAUGAUAUUGGCAUCAGCACCGACCCCACCAAAACUGACUUGUCUCAGCCGGGUAAAGUUGUGCUGAUAACUGGUGCUGGACGAGGAAUCGGCCGGUCAACUGCCUUGCGAUACGCCGAAAGUGGCCCAGCAUGCAUCAUUAUAUGUGCCCGGACAGGGUCAGAGCUUGAUACCCUCGAGGACGACAUCAAGAACAUCAAUUCAAGUAUCCGAGUUCGGAAGUUUUCAAUUGAUAUAUGCAACAAGGAACAAGUCAAUUCAGUGCUCAAGGCUGCUAGUGAAGAAGAGGGAAAGCUCAAUGUCUUGGUCAAUAAUGCAGGUACAAGCUGUGCCUGGACGCCACUGGCUGACAGUGACGAUGAUGCCUACUGGGAAACGUUUCAUGUUAACGUGAAAGGUACCUACCUUAUGAUGAAAACCUUUUUGCCAUUGUUGGUCGAAACAGCAAGGAAAGAGGGUACUUCAGUGGAUGUAGUCAACUUGACUACCAUUGGAGCAAACAUUACCGUUCCCGGUUCCUCUGCGUAUGGAGUGUCAAAACUAGCUAUCUCAAGACUUACGGAAUUUGUGACUAUGGAGUAUGGACAGCAAGGAGUGAACUGUUUUGCGGUGCACCCUGGUGGGGUACCAACCACAUUGGCAAAAGGAAUUGCUCUUCCUGAAUUCCUGAUUGACACACCUGAGUUGGCUGCUGGCUUCAUUGUAUGGUUGACCAAAGGACAGCGGGCUUGGCUGAGCGGCCGAUACCUGAGCGCCACAUGGGAUGUUGAUGAGCUGGAGUCCAUGAGAUAUGACAUUGUCCAGAACGACAAGCUGAAGAACCGUAUGGUAGUGUAG